AUGGCUCGCAAGGCAGCCCUCGCGGCAGCUUCGCUGCUGUCCGCCACGCUGGUCGCGGCCCAGCAGAUCGGCACGGCCGUGCCGGAGGUGCACCCGAAGCUGACGACGCAGCGGUGCACCGUGGCGGGCGGGUGCAAGCCCGUGACCAACGCCGUCGUGCUCGACGCCGCGACGCGCAGCAUCCACAAGGCCGGCGACCCGGCGACGCCCUGCACCGUGGGCAGCGGCGCCUGCGCCGACGCGGCGUCGUGCGCCAAGAACUGCGCGCUCGAGGGCAUCCCCUCGUACGCGGCGCAGGGCGUCAAGACGGCCGGCGACGCGCUGACGCUGAACCAGUUCAUGCCCAACGGCGACGGGAGCUACCGCGUCGUGACGCCCCGGGCCUACCUGCUCGACGCCGCGGGGCGCGACUACGAGCCCAUGCGGCUGCUCAACGCCGAGUUCAGCUUCGACGUCGACCUGAGCCGGCUCGUGUGCGGCAUGAACGGCGCGCUGUACAUGGGCGAGAUGGACCUCACGGGCGGGCGCAGCGAGAUGAACCCCGCCGGCGCGGCGUACGGCACCGGGUACUGCGACGCGCAGUGCCCGACACUGCCUUGGAUCGACGGCGUGGCCAACAUCAACAACGCCUACGGAGCGUGCUGCAACGAGAUGGACAUCUGGGAGGCCAACGCCCUGGCCCAGACGUACACGCCUCACCCUUGCACCAAGGACGGCGUGUACAAGUGCCAGGGAGAGCAGGAGUGCGGGCUCGACAACGGCGUGUGCGACAAGUGGGGAGCCAGCUUCAACCCGUACUCGUACGGCUUCAAGGACUACUACGGCCGCGAUAAGACGGUCAACACCAACAAGAAGUUCACCGUGGUGACGCAGUUCCUGACCGACGACAAGACGCCGACGGGCACGCUCGCCGAGAUCCGGCGGCUGUACGUGCAGGACGGCAAGGUGAUCCAGAACGCGGUCGUCAGCGCCGGAGGGGAGCAGCACGACUCGAUCAACGACGCGUACGUCAACAGCACGGCGGCGUGGACGGUCAAGCGCGGCGGGCUGGAGACGAUGGGCCGGGCGAUCGGGCGGGGGAUGACGCUGACCUUUUCCAUCUGGGCCGACAACGGCGGGUUCAUGAACUGGCUGGACAGCGGCAACGCGGGGCCCUGCAACGAGACCGAGGGCGACCCGAAGCUGAUCCAGCGGGACCACCCGGACGCGGCGGUCGUCUUCUCCAACAUGAAGUGGGGGGAGAUUGGCUCGACGUUCCAGGCGCCGCCCAAGUGCGUCAAGCAUCGUCGCGAGGCAUAG